GUUGGGUGGGUGGUUGCCGCAACAUUUAUCGCCACUUCACGUGGUCUCCCACGCACAAGCUCGAGAGACUGCUGUGGACAAGAUGACAACAAGACAGUGAAAUUAUAUUUUGGCGUCAACAACGAUAGCUCACAAAUUUGUUUAGUUUGCAGAAUCGACGAAGAAUACUUUUUGGACAAGAGACAAACAUUUAAUGUACAUGUAGCAAAAUAACGCCAUGUAGCUACUUUAGUGUGUGCUUGGCGCAACAGUCAUCACUAAGCCACGAAAACAAUGCGCGUAUGGAACGCAAACAAAAAAGGAAGUGAUAUUAGCAUGGUUUUAAUUUCCUGUUGUAUUCAUUUUGUAUCACCAAAGACGUUGCUGUACCGCAAUUGUAUGAUUUCCACUUAAAAGACGUAGCACCUAGCUUUUGCUACUCGACUAGCGGAAGCUAGCAUGCUCAUUAUCUACAUGUUUGGGGAGUUUUAUCGACACUUCUGGGCGGUUCAAAAUUUCAACGAGCUUGACUAGCUACAAGGGGAGCAUGGACAGCUCAGUGACCCUGUGGCAGUUCCUGCUCCAGCUCCUGUUGGACACCACUAACGAUCAGCUGAUCUGCUGGACCAAUGAGGAGGGCGAGUUCAAGCUGCUGCAGGCAGAGGAGGUGGCCAAGCUGUGGGGUGCCCGAAAGAACAAACCCAGCAUGAACUACGACAAGCUCAGCAGAGCUCUGAGAUACUACUAUGACAAGAACAUCAUUAAGAAGGUGAACGGGCAGAAGUUUGUGUACCGCUUCGUCUCCUACCCAGACAUUUUGAAAGGGGACGCCACUACUCAGCCGGAGGGGGACGGAGGUUGCCUGCCCAUGUCAGAGAGGGGAGACAACACCUCCCGACAUGGGGAUGGUGAGGAUAGGGGAGGAGGUAUGACCGCAACACAGGGGUCCAGUACUAAGCCGUCCAAUCGUAAUGACUACAUCCACUCUGGCCUGUACACCUCCUUCACCCUAACCUCACUGCAAAAUGGACGGCAGCUCUUCAAGUCCAUCAAGAUAGAGAACCCUGCAGAUAAAAUGGCUGACAGGAAGUCCAAUACAAGGGCACAAGACCCUCCCUCUCAGCAGCCAUUACAGUCGCCAUCGGUCAUCAAGUUUGGGACCACCCCUCCUAAGAGAAGCCCUCCACCUCCUCAGGUUCCCUUAGAAACAUCAAAUCCACCAUUAUGCCCUCUCCAAGCCCCACCUCCCAUGGGUGAUAUGUUGACAGCACACUCCAGCCUUUUGCCACAGACAUCUGAGCAUACUAAGCCCAUGGAAUCCUCAACUCCUCAAAUCCUGCAUUGUUUCAGCCUAUCGGAGUUGCCCUCUCGUAGCCCCUCCCCCAGCACGGUUCCUGAGUCCACCCAGGAGCUGGUGAUUGACAGUGACAUUGAGUCCAUCUCGUUCCAGCCCACAGAGACACAGACACAGAGGGUAUGGAUAACAGUAACAGACAGCUGUGAGAUGCAGAGUUCUGGCCAUGUGUCAGAUGGGGAGGGGGAGGCAGAGGACAGGAACAAAGACAGGGGAGAUAACAGAGAGCUGAGUUUGUCCCCGGUGUCUGUGAGUGGCCAUAUUACAGGAGGCAAGGCUCGCAAGCCACCUAAAGUCCUGGAGCUGUCUACUCCUACAUUGGUGGUCACCACCUCUGACCUUUCACCUAUGAACCUCUACAGCCCCUCGCUACCCACCGCCUCCCUCACACCAGCACUGCUACAGACGCCCACUCUGCUGCUGACACCCAAUCCGCUGCUGUCAAACAUCCACUUCUGGAGCACACUUAGCCCAGUGGCUCCCUUAAGCCCUGCCACACGCCGCCAGCAGGGAGCACACACCCUCUUCCAGUUCCCUUCGGUGUUCACCCCUCAUUUCCAUAUCCCCACACCCAGUCUGGAUGGGACCAACACCCCAGGACCUCUCACUCCAGACCCCCAUAAGUCAUGAGACCUUAUCCAUGGAAUAGACAAUCGGAGGUCCUAGUCUCUUCGCCCUGCAUCCCUCAGAAACUGUGGGUCAGUUUCUUGAACAUGGGAACAGCCAAUCAUUUGUUUCAACUGCGAGACCAAUUGGAUUACAGAUUACUAUUUCUAUUUGAAACUUCAAAUAAUUUCCUUCUAUUUUUGUGGAUCUUCACAUUCACUUCAACAGUCUCUGUUUGAUGCUGUGUGUUCAAUAUCAACUUUGUCUUUAGAAUGAUUUGGGUAAUUUUCAUGUCAUUUGUUGUUCUUAUGUGUUGUAACAAUUUCAAAUGAUUAGUUCAUGCUUGUUCUAUAUUUGGAUCAAAUUACCCUUACCUUGUAUUGUGUCUAAAGGCAUUUACUGGCUCAAGAGAUUAUAUUCAGUAUUGGUAAUUUGACCCAGAACUAGAUUUAGGAUUAAACUAUUUAUUUAACAUCACUCCACCCCAGCCAUCUUAGAUGAGUAAUACUUCAACUAACCUCUUCACUUGCCAACACCAACUUUACCUUAUCCCAUGCCGUCAUCUGAAACCUUACCAUCACCAUAACCUUCAACCCCACCCCUCGACCCUGUCUUCUACAUGCCUGGAAAUAUGCAGUGCAAAGAGCCCCUGCUCUUUGCAGUUACUGAUGCCAUAACAGAUAAAGUAUUUAUUUGAAUUCCCUCACCAAUUGGAAGGCCACAAUAAAACCAAACCCCCACCAUUUCUACCAGCGACAAACCAGCAUAUGGGUUUGUAAUGCUUGAAUUUAUGUUUGAAAAGCCACUUUGCCUCUGUGGGUCAUUUUACAAGAAGCCAUAAUCCUUACUCCAACCUUAAACCUAGCCUUAACCAUAUUCCUAACACCAACCCUAACCUACAAAAAAUACAUGUAAAGACAUCGGUGGCCGCCGGUCGUAGAAUGGACUGAUUAUUAUUUACUUUGCCAAGUAGCCACAAACCUUGUGGAGAAUGAGCCUCUUAGGAUCUUCACCAUAAUCUAACCCUAAGGCUGUGCACUUCUGUGAAUCCUUGAGGAAAACAUGUUGAGGCCAGCACUGCCCAGUUUAACAACAGUCAGUUUAGAAUAUGUCUGGUGAUGCCUUAACUAUGCAACCACCAGCUUGCAGUCCACUGCUGGAUACGACAAAAUCUUUGCUAGCUUGCUAGGACACAAGUUAUAGCUAGAGCUUCCUAUUUCUUAUGGAAUACGCAACAAACAUUCAACAACAGUCAGCUGUCUAAGGUCAACUAGCUAACGUUAUUGAAAAUAAGCAUAAAAAAUUAGCAGAGACAUUUAGCUAUUAAACAGCCAGGUUGCAUUGGAAGCUAACUAGCUACAGUAACUUGUAUCCUAUCAAUGCUAUUAUCUGCUUUCCAUGGUUAGAUAUCUAGCUUAUAGUCAAUGCCAUGUCAAGCAAGGUUAGGAAGCUAGCUAGCUAGCAAUUACUUUAAUUGUUUAGCCAGUUAGCAAGCAAAAUAAUGUUAAAUGGCUUGACUAAAGUCAGUCAGGCACUAAAGUGAAUAUCGGGUUACGUCAUUUAAAUCAGGGCAAAGGUGAAUUAUUCUUUAUCGUGCUAUCUGUCGCCAAAGGACUUCCUUUGGCCUAUGCCCAUCCAGGCUAACCGAACAGUACAAAUUUGGCCCCAAUUCAAAGUGCCAGUGGAAACAAAUAUGUUUGCUAGCACUACCAUUUGCUACUAACCUUCAGACAUGCGCCAUAAGACUCAUCCAUGCUAAUAUGGUGCCUUAACCCCUAAACCCAAGCCAAAUGUUUGGAAAGGGAACAGCCAUCCCUUUUCCUAUCAUCCUAUCCUACUCCCCUAUGGCUGGUCUCCAGUGCCUAUACCCCUCACUGGGAGCAAAUCUCAAAUUCAACAGAGCUCUAAAGUUAUUUUGUUUGUAAAGUGAAUUGAUAUUUAUAGAAUACAUAUUUUAGGCAUUCUGGAUGUGUACAUGUCCUUGACUUAUCUGUAACGUUGGCUGUUUUGCAUCUCCUUUCCCAAUGAGCUAACAGGUGUGGGUAAAACAGCCCUUCCCAUGAUAUGACAAAUUCCUAGCCUGGGUUGUUCCAGUUUGUUUCAGCUUAGGAACAUUUAACCUUGCCAAAAUAGUUUGGGAAGUCAAUAAUGAGACUUCAAUGACGUACCCAGGCGUCUGUCAUAACCCCCACAUGGGAUUUUCCAAAGCCUGUCACAAUAUUAUUUAUUAAUAUUAAUAUGUUGUAAUGUGAUCGUUAACAUAAAAAUGUUAGUAUGAUUCAUGUUUUAGAACCAGUUGGCAAAUUGAUCAAUUUGAAUGGCAGUUACCCUGCAUAUAGAAUAUCUUUGCCAAUUCUUUCAAUGUGAAUGAGGUUUUAAUGUGCUUCUACUAAACUCAGAAAUUUUGCACAAGAGCUAAAAUAUGUAGUACACUCAAUAUGAUUUAUCGGUACAAAGUCAGAUCUGUCUUAACCCUCACUUGUUUUCCUCAUUGUGUGUUAUUUACUUAAGAGGUAUCAGAUAAAACCAUGUGUACUUCAGUUGACAAGUAUUUUAAAUGUAUUCCAUCUUUCCCCUGCCACCGGACCAGUCUGAAUUGUCCUUUGUGUUUUUGUAAUAUGGUCGGAUGCUAGGCUUCAUGCUGUUCUGUCAUCAGUUUUGAAUACAGAUAUCUGUGUUUUUCUAUAAUGUUUACUACAUUUUUAGAAGUGGGGAUGGCAUUGACUAUUUGAGCAUUGAUGCCUUACAGAGUGAACCUUAUAUCCAUUUCUUUAUAAGUAUUUCGAUUUUGUAAAGAUUGACUGUGUAGUUGUGUAUCUUAACAUUGGCACUUAGAACAGUGGGUUCCUUGUAGUAUUGGUUUCUACUAGUGUCGCUUUUUUUAUGUUUCAAAUCAGAGUUUCUUUCCCAAUGUUUUUUUUAAAUAUACUGUAUAUUGACCUACUUACAGCUGUAAACAAAUAUUCUGUACAUUUCUAUUUACCAAUCAACAGCAAAUCUAUGCACAAAGUACUUUAUAAUGCAGAUCUAAGAAUUACAUCUCAAACUUUUAUAUUCCAAGAAACUGACUUUAAGAGGCAUUAUUACUUUAAAUGUAUAUGUCCCUAUGUUUGGUUUCACCCUACAACAGAAGAUUGUAAUAUAUUUUCUGUAAAACUAAAGAGUUAGAUUUAAUAACUUGAUAGAGCUGUCAGAGUUAUAUAACUAGUUUUGAUAAAGACUUAACCUCUGAAUAGGUAGCCAUAUUGAGGAUUCUCACUUGAUUCCCAAACAGUGGUUAUAAAAAGUAUACAACUUUAUGGAAAGUGCAGCUAUUGUUUAUGGGAAGGCUUAAAUCAAGACAAAACAUGUCAGGUCCUUUAUUCACCUUUUCUAAGCUUUGAAACCAACAAUAUGUUAACAGGUAAUAUCUCUGAUAAAUAAUAAAAACAGUUCAUGCCUUUGUUGCUUAAGUGUGCACCUUUUAUAAUGGGGGUUGUUCACAUUUAACAAAUCACUUGAUGUGACCAAGGUACAACCUUUUGGCCUUAAUUCCAAAACAUCACCCAAAGUAAAAAGUACAUACCUUCAAGCAUGGUGGCAGCAGCAUUAUGCACUGGGGCUGCUUCUCUUCAGUAAGGACAGCAGCUCUGGCCAGGAUUGAAGGGGCAAUGAAUAACUCCAAAUAUCAAGAUAUUUUGGCCUGAACCCUGCUGAAAGCUGAAGUUACAAAUGAUUUUACAACAAUCCACACAGACAAGUCAACUAAGGUUGCGGAUAGAAAUAUCAAUGUCCUGGAAAGGCCCAGUCAGAACCUGGCUGUUUUUUUUUUUUUAGAGAGUUUCUGUUAACUGACCUAAAGAGGGCUGUGUACAGAAAAUCCCCUCACAAUGUGACUUUGCUUAGACUUUUCUGCAAACGUCAGUGGGAUAAAAUUGCAAAAGGUGCUUUGAAGAAACUAUUAGUUGUGGGGUGAUUACAAUUAUGUACCAAGUAAUUUGUCUUUUUUUUUUAUUGAUUUCUUUUGGAGAAAUUCUGUUUGAUUUUCACUUAAAUGUUGUUGUUACAAGAUCUUAAAUGUCUGGUGUGAUUUGUUUUAAUUUCAUCCUUUACAUAAAAGCUGCAUUUUCAUAUAAAUGUGA